AUGUCGAAACGAAGAGUCGUAGCUCUCGGAGCAACGAAAUACAUCGGCGACGAAUACCUAUCAUCCUUCAAAGAGAAAUUUAACUUCUCAGUCCUGGAAGCUUACGACCGUGAGCAGACCAAAAAGUUACUCCCAGAGGACAUCAAGAAGAACGGGCCCAUCGACGCCUUCAUCAUCCGAAUGGGAACUCCACCCUACGAGCCGUUCGACCAAGAUCUUCUCGGCGCCCUCAUGCCCGACUGUAAAAUCAUCACAUCCGCCAGCGCUGGAUACAAUGAAUUCGCAGUCGACUGGAUGACAAGCGAAGGCAUUACUUUCUGCAACACUGUGGACGCUGUUGCUGAAGCGACGGCGGAUAUGGCGUUUUUUCUAGUUCUAGCUGUACUGCGGAAUACGAGCCAGGCGGAGCGGAGUGCGAGAGCUGGUACUUGGAGGAGUCUUCCUGCGUUGAUUCCGGCGAAGGAUCCUUCUGGGUUGACGUUGGGGAUUAUUGGGAUGGGGGCUAUUGGGAAGUAUCUCGCUAAGAAGGCGGUCGUUUUCAACAUGAAGAUCAAGUACUUCAAUCGCCACCGGUUACCAGAGGAAAUCGAACAACAGUACUUAGCAACCUACUGCGAAAGCCUCGAAGCACUCCUCUCGACUUCCGACGUCGUCUCAGUCAACUGCCCUCUAAACGCCAACACGACCGACCUUCUGGGCAAGAAACAAUUCGCGGAGAUGAAACACGGCUCGUACCUCGUCAACACAGCCAGAGGCGCCAUCAUCGACGAACCAGCUCUGAAAGAAGCCCUCGACUCAGGCAAGAUCGCAAGAGCCGGCUUGGACGUUCUAUGCGAUGAGCCAAACGUCGACGAGUGGUUCCUCAAGCACGAUAAUGUCAUCAUUCAACCUCAUCUGGGCGGCUUGACUGAUGUGGCGUUUCAUCGGGCUGAGAAGGAGUGUUUUGAGAAUAUUCGGGCGUUCUUCGAGAAGCGCAAGGCCAAUUCGCCUGUGAAUGUUGUUUAG